AUGGCGUCCGAAAAGGCCCCCCUCCCGUUUGUCUACACCUUCAUGGCUGGCGCCAUCGCCGGCGUGUCGGAGGCAACACACAUAGAUUUUGGUCAUACCAGAGUACAACUCCAAACCGGCAAGGCCGCCGCCGGCGCCGACACCUACAAUGGCAUGUUCGACUGCUUCUCCAAGAUCAUCCGCAACGAGGGCUUCUCCCGCCUCUACCGCGGCAUCACCGCCCCCAUCCUCAUGGAGGCCCCGAAGCGCGCCACCAAGUUCGCCGCCAACGACAAGUGGGGCAAGUUCUACCGUGAGCUCUUCGGCCAAACCCAAAUGACCCAAUCCCUCUCCGUCCUCACCGGCGCCUCCGCCGGCGCCACCGAGUCCUUCGUCGUCGUCCCCUUCGAGCUCGUCAAGAUCCGCCUCCAAGACAAGGCCUCGGCCGGCCGGUACAACGGCAUGAUCGACGUCGUCGUGAAGACGGUCCGCAACGAGGGCAUCCUCGCCAUGUACAACGGCCUCGAGUCCACCCUCUGGCGCCACAUCCUCUGGAACGCCGGCUACUUUGGCUGCAUCUUCCAGGUCCGCCAGCUCAUCCCAAAGGCCGAGACGAAGCAGGGCCAGAUGACAAACGACAUCAUCGCCGGCUCCGUCGGCGGCACCGUCGGCACCAUCCUCAACACCCCCAUGGACGUCGUCAAGUCCAGGAUCCAAAACACCGUCAAGGUCGCCGGCCAGACGCCAAAGUACAACUGGGCCUGGCCCGGCGUCGCCACCAUCGCCAAGGAGGAAGGGUUCGGCGCUCUGUACAAGGGCUUUGUUCCCAAGGUUCUCCGUCUCGGCCCUGGCGGCGGUAUCCUCCUGGUCGUGUACACUGGGGUGAUGGACUUUUUCCGCAACAUGAGGGAGGCCAAGGGUCUUUAA